AUGGGCAAAAAGCGCGUACUUAUCUCAUACGGUGUCGAUGUAGAUGCGGUUGCAGGGUGGCUAGGCUCUUAUGGAGGCGAGGACAGCACCAGCGACAUCAGCCGUGGACUUUGGGCCGGCACUGUCGGGACCCGGCGCCUCUUGAAGUUGUUCGCCAAACACAACAUCAAAACAACGUGGUUCAUACCUGGCCACAGCCUAGAAACAUUUCCUGAGGAUAUGGCUGCCGUUCGGGACGCAGGUCACGAGAUUGGUCUACAUGGCUACAGCCACGAAAACCCUGUCGAUAUGACGCUAGAACAACAAAGGGAUGUUUUAGAUAAGACGUACCGUCAGCUGACAGAAUUUGCCGGGAAGCCUCCGAGGGGAAGUGUUGCACCUUGGUGGGAGACAAGCCAAGAGGGUGCUGAGCUUUUGCUCUCAUAUGGAAUCGAAUACGACCACAGUAUGAGCCAUCAUGACUGUCAAGCUUAUUAUCUGCGCACGGGGGAUUCAUGGACCAAGAUUGACUACUCCAAGAAAGCAGCAGACUGGAUGAAACCACUUGUCAAAGGCCAAGAAACUGGUCUUGUUGAGAUUCCCGCGAACUGGUAUAUCGAUGACUUGCCACCUAUGAUGUUCAUCAAAGGUUCCGCGAAUAGCCAUGGUUUUGUCAACGCGCGCGAUAUUGAAGACAUCUGGAGAGACCACUUUGACUAUUUCUACCGGGAGUACGACGAGUUCAUUUUUCCCAUCACAAUCCACCCCGAUGUAUCCGGUCGACCACAUGCCCUGCUGAUGCAUGAGAGGCUUAUCGAACACUUCAAGAAGCAUGAAGGUGUAGAGUUUGUCACCAUGGAGCAGAUGUGUGACGAAUUCAAGAGCAAGAACCCCCCGCCAGAAGGGGCCUUAAUGCCGGCCGAGGCCGGUACAAAACUGAAAGAGCCACCAGUGAACAGCUCAACUUAG